UCUCUUACAUACUGGUUUAUUGCAUAUGCAAAUGUAUCAUUGAGUAAGUAACUUUGACAGUGUUGUGUUAGGACAACACCUAUAUCAACACACACACACACACACACACACACACACACACACACACACACACACACACACACACACACACACACACACACACAGAGAGAGCAUGUUCAGUCUUUGGAGGUGACUCACUCUCCAGAGGCUGACAUUGUUGCAUUCCACAUUCCACCGACAGUUACAAUGAGCUGUCGAUUGUUCCCCUCCGAGGCUGCUGAAAGCCUGCUCCUGUCCGUUUGUCGACAACAAUGGAAUUUGGAAAGAGUUAACCACAACAGCGGUGUGCGUUCAGCGUGGUUUUUCGUUACAGUAGUCGCCUUAUGGAGUAGUUGUUGCCCGGGUGAAUUCAGGAAGAGAAGGAAUGGUAUUUGUCUGCCGGUUGCUAUCACAUCCCCCCGGUUCAGUUGACAUUAGGAAGUAGAUGAGGAGGGAUGUGUGUGUAGGGGGGAGGGAAGGGAGGCUGUCUUGGUAAAUGGUUAUCUUAAGUGGGAACAAAUUUAGCCUGACUCGGUGACCCUCCAUCUGAUGAACGAGGGCUUUCUUUUUAAGUGACGCGACGCCAGCGGAAUGUCGCUGGCCGUCGCCAAAUGAUGGAGAGGAGUGAAGUGAGUACAGCUCAGCUCCGCAGUCAUGAGACAGCUUCUUGAAAUACGUUCAGGUCUCCAAUCCGCAAGAGACGGCACUUGUUUCCUGAAUUAGUAGGAAGGAGUUGCGCUGCCUCUGCGAGCAGCCAGAAUGUGUUUUUGUUCCAGGAGAAGGUUGAGGGAGGCUCUGGUUAUUCUCCACCGCUCAGCUGAGGCCAGAAUUGGACCGACUCACUCUUGGGCGCUGACGCAGGGUCACCAGCCAGGUCCCACUGUCACAUAUGAUUUCAUUCAUAAAGAGACCUGCCCAAAGAUCAGCAGUUUACUCCCCGAAUACAAGUCCAGUCUGUUUUCCUUCCAGUCAUCACAUCUCGAGUGACAACAGUUCAGAAUGCCCUCUGACCCCAGACACCCCGAACAGCGAGGUCAGAAUGUGCACCAGCAGCAGCCGCCUGGCCGCCCUGAAAAGACAGAACGACAUCGAGCUCAAGGUCAAACAGGGCGCCGAGAACAUGAUUCAGAUGUACUCCAAUGGGCCCUCCAAGGAUCGUAAGUUGCUAGCGACAGCCCAGCAGAUGCUUCAGGACAGCAAGACGAAGAUCGAGUUCAUCAGGAUGCAGAUCCUCAAGGCCAGCCAGGCCAGCGAGCUGAGCUUCGAGAGCAAUGAAGUGAUGGACAAACCCAUCAUCAGCCCGUUGGACCUGCGGGUGGAGGAGCUGUGUCACCACGCCAGGAUAGAGUCCGCCGUGGCCGAGGGAGCCAAGAACGUCAUGAAACUCCUGGGCACAGGAAAAGUCACAGAAAAGAGAGCACAUUCAGAGGCCCAGGCUCGUUUUAACGAGUCCAGCCAAAAGCUCGACCUCCUGCGAUAUUCCUUGGAGCAACGCCUCAACGAGUUGCCUAAAAACCACCCUCGCAGCAGCAGCAUCGUGGAAGAGCUGUCACUCCUGUCCACGCCAGUCCUCAGCCCAAGAUCCAGCAUCAUUUCCACACAGAACCAGUACAGCACCGUGACCAAGCCCGCUGCACUCACAGGCACGUUAGACGUCAGGCUCAUGGGCUGUCAGGACCUUCUGGAAAAUGUCCCAGGUCGUUCCAAAGCUGCAUCUGUCCCGCUGCCCGGCUGGAGCCCGAGCGAGAUACGCUCAUCCUUCAUUAGCAGAGCAAACCGAAACCGCAGUGUGAGCUCACGCAACGUGACAAAGAGUGAAGAGCUCUCCAAUGAGAUCAGUGCAGUUUUGAAGCUGGACAACACAGUAGUCGGCCAGACGAGCUGGAGGCCCGUCAGCAACCAGGCCUGGGACCAGAAGUUUACAUUGGAGCUGGACCGGUCUCGUGAGCUAGAGAUCUCAGUGUACUGGCGUGACUGGCGUUCGCUCUGCGCGGUCAAGUUCCUGCGGUUGGAGGACUUCCUGGACAACCAGCGCCACGGGAUGUGUCUGUACCUUGAACCACAGGGGAUGCUGUUUGCUGAGGUAACAUUUUUCAAUCCUGUCAUUGAGAGACGACCAAAGUUGCAAAGACAAAAGAAGAUUUUCUCAAAGCAGCAAGGUAAGACCUUCCUGCGAGCCCCUCAGAUGAACAUCAACAUCGCCACGUGGGGCCGCCUGGUGAGAAGAGCCAUACCGACCGUCAGCACUAACUCCUUCAGUCCGCAGGCAGCUGAGACUGGACCCAGCAGCCUGCCUGGUUCCCCCACACCCAGCAGUGACCCGCUGGUGACCAAGCUGGACUUUGACAAAGAGCCCACCCCAGGACCCAAGCACUACCCAGCACCCGACGACAUCCGGGAGCCACUGGUGCAGCAUAAGAUGCCUGACAAGGAGGAAGUACAGGAUGCUCUGGCCUCAUUUGACUUCCUGAACAAGAGAAACAGCAUAGCAGUGAAGGCGGACCUGGACGGAGUGGUGGAGCAGGAGAUCCAGCAUCCAGACCUGGAGCUCACUGCCAUCCAGAAAGACGCAGAUAUAAGGGAAGAAGAGCAGUUCCACUUCAGUCUCCAAGACUUCAAAUGCGUGGCAGUCCUCGGACGCGGCCACUUUGGAAAAGUGUUGUUAGCAGAAUAUAAAAGCACAGGAGAGAUGUUCGCCAUCAAAGCCCUGAAGAAAGGAGACAUUGUGGCUCGUGAUGAGGUGGACAGUCUGAUGUGUGAGAAGAGGAUCUUUGAAACGGUCAACAGCGUUCGCCACCCGUUCCUGGUCAACCUGUUUGCGUGUUUCCAGACGCAGGAGCACGUUUGUUUCGUCAUGGAGUACGCAGCAGGAGGCGACCUGAUGAUGCACAUUCAUGCUGAUGUUUUCUCUGAGCCCAGGGCCGUGUUUUAUGCGGCCUGCGUCGUAUUGGGAUUACAAUUCUUACAUGACCAUAAGAUUGUGUACAGGGAUUUGAAGCUGGAUAACCUGCUCCUUGAUACAGAGGGCUACGUGAAGAUCGCUGACUUUGGACUUUGCAAAGAAGGAAUGGGUUUCAGGGACCGCACCAGUACGUUCUGUGGCACACCUGAGUUUUUAGCUCCAGAGGUUUUGACUGAAACGUCGUACACCCGCGCUGUGGACUGGUGGGGGCUGGGCGUCCUCAUCUUUGAGAUGCUGGUUGGGGAGUCCCCCUUCCCCGGUGACGAUGAGGAGGAGGUGUUCGACAGCAUUGUCAACGAUGAAGUCCGCUACCCACGGUUCCUCUCGACCGAGGCCAUCUCCAUCAUGAGGAGGCUGUUGAGGAGAAGCCCAGAACGACGUCUGGGAGCAGGAGAAAGGGAUGCAGAGGAGGUUAAGAAACAUCUAUUCUUCAGGAACAUGGAUUGGAACGGACUGCUGGCGAAGAAGGUCAAGCCGCCGUUCGUGCCGACAAUCCAGGGCGCCAACGACGUCAGCAACUUCGACGAUGAAUUUACCUCAGAGGCGCCCAUCUUAACCCCACCGAGGGAACCCCGAAUGCUGAACUUGGAGGAGCAGAGCAUGUUCUCUGACUUUGAUUACAUUGCUGACUGGUGUUAGCUCACCUGACUUCCCCUCUACACACACACACACUCACACACACACAUACUCACACACACUCACACUCACACACACACACUGUGAACCAACAAGAACAGCAAUGACUGUAGCUCACAUCUGUUUUUCCUCUUCCCUGCCCAAAAUGUUGAGGGGGAGCAGCGAAACGUGGCUCCCCAGGCCUUCGGGCAAAACUCUGUGCCAUUGAGAAGAAAGUCCAGAAGCCUCCUGAGGACCCCUGCGUCUUUUUUUUUUUUUUUUUUUUUUUUAAAUCAACAUGAAGAACUUUUUUUAACAAAAAGAAAACAAAUGAAACUCUGUUGUUGGAGAAACUGAGUGAAGGAGGAGGGAUGCACACGUCGUGUUCGUUGUCUGACCACUGAGAAUGUUUUUCAUAUGAACUCCGAGAAGACGGCAACAUCACAAUCAUUUUAUUCAGUGUCACUGUCUUCCUUUUUUUUUUUUUUUUUUUUUUCUUUGAUCUGUACAGAUUAUAUUCAGUCGUAUAUUUUAUUGUCGUGUUUUUUUUCUUUCUUUCUUUGCAAAGCCCUCGCCAUAGCUUUAGGACUUUUAUCUCACUGUUAAAGUUUGACAUUUCUGCCAUGAUCAUGUCUGAAACUGGUGUUCAGUGAAAUUUGAAGUGCUUAAAGCAUCGUCACUGAACGGUCAACUACAACAAACAUCUUGACUACUACUGCUGCUUCUUGACUUGAAACCCAAGUUAGAGUCUUCACACUACAUUUCCCUUUGUGUAGGGGCCCAGUCUAUGUCUACAACCCAGUUUAACACUUUACGCACCCGAAGCUUGUAUGUCAGCAUACAAGAUACAUGAUAUUACUCUUUAGUAUAAAACAGCUCCAUCCAGUGUUACCAGCUACUUACUGUUAAAUGAAUUAAUAUUCACAGACCAUCACUUCAGUCUAUUUUAAUCCAUGUUUGGAAUUGAGUUGAUAAUUAAAAAUGUGUUUAGGCCACAUUAAAUAAUGCAAAACCUUAAAUAUUUUUUUCUUUCAGACGCUCUCUAGUGGUUUUGCAGCUUGAACUUCAGCUGAACUCAGACUCUGACCAGUGAAGUCAGACUUUGUGCUUCCAGUAUGAAAUGAAUUCAUCAGAGCUGAGUUCAGUUGGAUUUCAAUUCUGUAUUCUGGUUUGUUUUUUUUUUUAUUCACCUGACAGCAUUUUUCUCAUUACCUCAGUGAAAGUGAAAACGCUAAAGUGACUCGCACAGUUACAGCUACCGAAACCAAAUUCAUCCUGUCCCUCUAGAAGCCGCAGACAAAAAGCUCAUGAUUAUUAAAAAAGAAAAGGAACAAAAGAAUCAAAUCUGAACGAUGGUCUGACAGUGAAUCCAGUGAUUAAGCAAGAAUCCACAAGACAAGUGCUGAGUUAUUUGGGAACACUAAACAUUCAACUCAGUUACUUCAGGUCUUCCCUCUACCAGCUGAUGACUUUCUGUCAAUUUGCAUGUUCUAUAGAAAUUGACUCAAAUGUUUGCAGAGCUGUUGAUAUGAAUCACUACAGGGGAGGGCAGGGUAUAUUAUAUAUACAUACUGUAUGUACACAAGCUGAAAGCACUAAUUUUAUCAAUAGUUUUUAAUUAUCUACGUUUCUUAAUGAUGAAAAUAGAUUGUACAAAGUUUUUUUUUUUUUUUUUUUAUUCCUUGCUUGUGCAUGUUGUUGCCAGAACAGACAAGAACUUUACGGAUGGUACACCAACUCUCAAGUCACAACUGUCGCUCUUCAUCCCGGUGUAAAAAACAGAAAAGGCAUUUUUGCAGUCGUUUGUUACCUAUCAUGAAUGCACAAAUUAAACAUUUGUAAUAGUG